AUGACGUUCGCAAUCAGGAAUAAAUUAAAACUCCUGUGGCUUCACCUAUUUUGUAUAAAAACUUCUGUUCGCUCGAUCACAUCAUCACUUUUACUUGACAGCGAGAUUAAAUCGACAAACAUGUAUAAGUUGCUGGCUUUGUUCGUAGUCAUCGCUUGCGUUAUAGCUGCGGAAGCGCAACUAACUUUUACGUCUAGUUGGGGUGGUAAAAGGGCUGCCAUAGCUGGCACCGUGUCCUGCAGAAAUGAUGACGCUAUAGCUGCUAUAUAUAAAAUGAUUCAGACAAAUGUAGAUAGACAGAUGACGUUCGCAAUCAGGAAUAAAUUAAAACUCCUGUGGCUUCACCUAUUUUGUAUAAAAACUUCUGUUCGCUCGAUCACAUCAUCACUUUUACUUGACAGCGAGAUUAAAUCGACAAACAUGUAUAAGUUGCUGGCUUUGUUCGUAGUCAUCGCUUGCGUUAUAGCUGCGGAAGCGCAACUAACUUUUACGUCUAGUUGGGGUGGUAAAAGGGCUGCCAUAGCUGGCACCGUGUCCUGCAGAAAUGAUGACGCUAUAGCUGCUAUAUAUAAAAUGAUUCAGAAGUGCACAACACGCUCGAAGGGAAACAAAACCAACUUGAUUACACCCCAAAAGGGGACCACUACUCUGCCUGAGCAAGAUUGGACUCUUGUGGGAAGGAAGAGCGGAAAGGUGACACAGGAGGAAACUCCUACUGCCGCUGCUCAAGCUUCCCUAAAGAAGUCCAAGAGGAAGGAGAAGUAG